AGGUGUAAUAUCGAUCGUUUUCUUAUCUUCGAUAAUAUAAAUCAAGUUCGAAAAUUUAGAUUUUUCCUAAUAAUUUCUUAUGUAUGAUAAUUGCGCUACAACUGCAGUGCAUUAACAACGUGAAAUCUGAUGACAUCAGAACUUUGAACGGUGCCUUUUCCCUUUAACUUGUGGCACUUUAAGAACGAAGUUGUGGUAAAAUAUUUACAUUAGCUUUCACGAGUAAAAAUGAAGAUUCCAAGACUUCCGUAUUGCUGUUGCUGUAUCGAUUUGAGAAUUGGCGGCCUAAUCACUGGUUGUCUUGGAGUAGUCGCCGCUAUUUUUACUAUCGCUGUUGCUGCGGUGCGAUCGGAUCCCAAAAUCGUCGUUGGUGCUAUUUCACUGAUUUUGUAUAUUUCCUGGCUGUAUGGAAUUCUUAAGGUGCAACCACAUUAUCUACUCCCAAUCCUCUUUAUGAACGUGCUCGAGCUAUCUAUUUUGAUAACGCUUCCGAUAGUCAUGUUACUUAUUGCACUCACCCACGGUACGCCGAUAGUUGCGAAUUCCAUCAUAUUCGCCAUUGCCAUUUAUAUUGCUUCAGCGAUUUUGGCAUACAUUUGCAUUCUGAAGUAUUCUAUCUACAGAAGGAUGGUAGAUAUCAAAUUCGAAACGGUAGACAAUCAAGCUGCUGUUCAAAUGCCUGUUUGAUUGAAAUAUAUACAUUUAAUUGUGAUUAAACCAAAUUUAAUUGUCAAACAUGAAAUUUCGAUUAAAAACAAACUCGAAAAGUUUAUUUCUUUAUUCAUAUCGUCUUCUCAAACUUUCAAUUGCUUUCAUCUUUGGGUGAAAAUCAAAUUGUACAUGUUAUCUAAGGUUGUCAAUUUCAGGAUUUAGCAAUUCGGCUCAACAAUUCGCCACGACAAUUUGACACAUUUUUUUUUUCUAUAAAUGUUGAAAUUCCACAAUUGAAAUAAAAAUACAACGUGCAAGGUUCGCCGAAAAAAUUAUGCAUUUUCAAUCAAAAUUUACCAGCCGAACAUCAAAU